UUGCGUAAGGAAGAAUUUUGUUUGUCGGAAAGUUAGGUUAAGGGCAAUACUAGGUUUUACAAAGUUCCAAAUAGAUUCUUAAAUUUAUGGGCGUCUUAUUUAAAAGAAUAUAUUCGUUUUAGUCGCUACAGAACUUUUUUGAUUAGAUGACUCACUUUAGCAAAACCAAAAAGCUUCUGCUCGGUUUGGGCGCCGUAUCUGGUGUUGCCGUUCUAUACUACUGCAACGGUCAAAAUAGACGAGUCCACGCCUCGUGGACGUCGAAUUAUGUGCCUUCUCCCCACGCGAAAUGGGACGAAAAUUGGGAUCACCGAUCACCAAAAUAUAUCAGGAGCAGUCGAUCUAGAUCGUCUGAGAAAGACGAAAAUGAACUCAACGAAGAUAGAGAGAAACUCACACCAAAAGUGUGCAGGCAUCUGUUGUUGAUACGUCACGGGCAGUAUAACCUGGAUGGAAAGACAGAUGCGGAAAGGGUCUUAACUAAAUUAGGGAGAAUCCAAGCCGAUUACACUGGCAAACGGCUCCAAGAACUUAGUUUACCUUACACAAAGAUGAUUAGAUCGACCAUGGCUCGAGCUGACGAGACGGGUGCGAUCAUAUCACAGUACCUCCCAUCAAUUCCUAUAACCCAUUGCGACCUCUUGCGUGAAGGCGCACCCGUGCCUCCCGAGCCUCCGCUGGGAAGUUACAAACCUGAAGCUUAUAAGUUCUUUACUGAUGGUGCCAGAAUAGAAGCCGCUUUCCGAAAAUACUUUCACCGCGCGGACCCUGAUGAAACCAAAGACUCCUACAUCGUUAUAGUGUGUCACGCCAAUGUCAUAAGAUAUUUGGUGUGCAGGGCGUUACAGUUUCCUGCGGAAGCCUGGCUUCGUAUGUCACUGAACCAUGCGAGUAUAACAUGGAUUUCUAUUACUCCCAGCGGACGGUGCGUGUUGCGCACUUUCGGUGAUACUGGACACAUGCCUCCCGAUGUUAUAACUUCUACAUAGCGCUUAGCUGAGGGAAAAAAUAAAAUUUACAUACUUUAUACAAACUUUUGUACGUCAGGAUGAACAGUAUUACUGUACGUUUUGCCUUCGUAAAAGAAUAGGAACAAAUUUUUGAGGAAUUUUUCCUGAUGCUGGUUUAAUUGUAUUAUUUUGAUCAUUGGAAUUAUGUCUUAUGCAGAUCAGAACUUGUAAUUAUUUAUAAGAAUAUCUCUGCUAUGUUUUGGAAAUCGAAUAUACUUUU